AAUAUUGUAAUAUAUAAACUAAUAGAAAACGAUGCCUAUAUAAUUUUAGAGAGCGUACAUUUUAUACCAUUGUACUAAAUUUAAAUGUUAAACAUGUUUCGACAAUUUUAUUAAUUCUAAUUAACUAAAUAGUUAUAUCCUGUAUAUUAUUUUAAAUAUUUCAAAUAUAAUUCACAUAAAUAUAUAUAUAUAUCGUUUCCUUGAGAAUAAAAGAUUAUUUACCUUUAAUGUUAUAUGCAUAAGUUGUGUUACUUGAAUUUCUCGCAAUCCCUUGAUAUCAUCCAUAUUAAAGUUUAUUGUUUGGAUAUAUCCUCCAGAAGAAAUAUAAGAAUUGAUGAAUUGUCAGAACUGAGCUUAAUUAUAUAAUAACAUAAUAUUAUAAAUUCAAGAGCAAUGAAGCAGAAAAAUAUUGUAAGGUAUACAUUGACAGAACAUUUGAUGAUCGGAAAAAGGUAUGACAGUACCGGUCGAUUGGCAGCUGGGUAAAAUCUGGGUUUCCAUAGGGAUACUCUGGUGUUGUUUGGAGUCCAAGAAGGGUCUGAGAAACGGUUAUAAAUUUCAUAUCAAAGUAUUAAUAUCGAAACCUUGAACCUGAAAAAUAGAGACGCUCCAAUUAAAUUCCUAGCAAUUUUGAUCGAGCGAGGAUGUCGUCACAACCUAGUACGAUAUCCAUUACAUCGGUAUCUGUAGUACCUGCUCAAGAAUGCGUGCCGGAAUGGGAUCAGAACAGUACAACAAUUCUUAUUGAGAUGUAUAAAGAACGUAAAUGUCUUUGGGAUCCGACCCAUGAAUUUUACAAAAACCGCCGUUUGCGUCGCGAAGCUCUAACAGACAUGGCGAAUCAUUUUAAUUGUUCACUGGCCGACGUAGAGAAGAAACUUUAUAUGCUUCGAAGUUCAUUUAGAAAGGAAUAUAGAAGAUGGAAUUCUGCAAAGUUAUCAGCAGGACCAAAUAAUACUUCUUUGGUAAGAAAACCACAAUGGUUCGCUCUGGAUCUUCUGAUGUUCCUCAAGGACGACGUGACUAAGAAGCCAUUGACAUCUGUGAAUCAAAAUGAUAAUUUCGAUGGUGUUCAACACGAAUUUGAUAUUUCUACUACGGAAAUUCAAAAUGUCUUCUAUUACGACAGUGAAAAUAGUACUCUUACCUCUCUUGAACCGGGAGAAAUCACCCUGGAUUACAAUUUACAACAGAUACAAGCACCAGAGGCUACUCAACAAUCGCCUGGCUCCCUAAAGAGGAGUGUCAGUUCCGAACCAAACCUCCUGGAGCUCACGAAUAAACGACAAAAAACUCGGGACGCUGAAGAUACGAAGUUACACGUUGUAAAGUCUUUCACUGGUUCAGAUUCACAAGAGAAGGACGCUAAUACUGCAUUCGGAAAUUUUGUAGCGGAGGAACUAAAGAAUAUAAAAGACAAUAAUCAGGUACAAGUAGCCAAAUUGCGAAUUCAUCAAGUCCUAUACGACGCAACAUGCAGCUUUCUCAAAGUGCCUAUACCAAGAACAUAAAAAGCAUAUUACAUUCUUUAACAACUACAGAUUAAUUAAUAGACUGUAGUUCGGUUCUAAAAGUUUCUUUUUCUCUUUACUCAAUACCACUUGGCACGUUACCACAAUCAGUGCAUGCCGUUAUAGGUCCUUAUUCUUUCCGGAUGUAAAAAUAAAACUCAUAUAUAGAUGUAAAGAUACAGAAUAAAUCGCAAUCGCUUAUUAACAUUAUAA